AAUCCGGCCGGGAGGGUCGUGUUUUUCCUGGGCUGGGACCCUCGAGACUCAGAAGCCAGGGGUUCCCCGGACGGAGCCACAAGCACAACUGAGCCAGUGACCCGCUGACAUCAGCCUGGGCCGCCGCCUUCGUGGAUGUUGGGUAUUGAUUGCCCAAAGCCCUGCAAGGGGAGAUGGCCAACGCCACCCUUCGACCCGCGCUUCCCCAAGCAGAACCAGACCCGUAACUGCUACCAGAACUUGCUGGCAGACUACCAGCCCUGCGUCAAGAGGAUGAACCGCCGCGGGAAAAGCACACAGCCCUACGAGUAUUACUUCCGCGUGUUCCACGCGCUAUGCCCCAUGAGCUGGGUGCAGCGCUGGACCGAGAUCAAGGACGGGACUUUCGCUGGCAAAAUCUAACGGCCUGAGGGCGGCUUCUCCUAGGGAUCAGUAUCAGUGUCAUCACCCCCGAUUCUCUCGUCUGGAGAAUGGGCCCCACCACCCCGAACCCCGCCCCAUCU